CGCGCACGUCCGCAACAAGACUGGAGGAUCCGGAGAAACGCGGCGGUUCUCACAUAGAAUACAUUUAUAAUAAAUUAAAAAAGAAAAGACUGAAUCCCAACCAGCGUUCGGCUGGGUUCUGCUGGGUCCGAACAGCAGCAGAUGAGCGCUCUCCUCUCAUCCAGACGCGACCCCUCCCCUCCCCGGCAGGAAUCGCACCGCCUCUGCGUGACGUGGGCUGUGUCGUUGGUGUUGAAAAGCCGUUGCCGUUCUUCAUAGUGCCAUUGAAGUGAGUCAUCUGUAGGAAGUGGGCUAAAAGGGAAAAGAAACAAGUUCGAAGUGUUCCGCGAGCAGCAGACAGACAGCUCCGCGUUCAGCAGUAGGCCAAGCCACGGAAAAAAACGCACAAGACUGAAAACAGGCACGCGGGGCUUUAAAGCCAACCUUAGCGCGCGCGUGAGUCACUCCAGGCCCCCGCCGGAUCUGUUUGCUGUGUCGGUGCGCUCCUGACUUUAAACUGAAGUUUGCGCACCUGAGAGGACCUUUGACAGAAACUCAGGCGAAUCACAUCACCAGACGAUUUUACGCGCAGGAAUUACGCGGAACAGUCACAGUUAGCGUAAGAUGUUUUAGAGCAGAAACACUUCCCCCCGGCAGCUCGGUCUUUAUUUUUGUUUUUCUGUUGGUGCCUUGGUUCUGCGAGGAUUUGGUGACAGAGGCCCCGGCGCUCCAAUCAGUCCUCUGAAACCUUCCUCUUCCCUGGAUCAUGUACCAGGACUACUCCGGGAACUACGACACCUCGUCCCGCGGCAGCAGCACCUCUCCGGCCCAGCCAGAGUCCUUCACAAGCGGCAGCAGCACGAUCGGGAGUCCGAUCUCUACCUCAAGCUACCAGAAGUACAGGGUUGACAUGCCAGGUUCCAAUAGUGCCUUCAUCCCCACAAUCAAUGCAAUCACAACAAGCCAGGACCUGCAGUGGAUGGUGCAGCCCACGGUCAUCACCUCCAUGUCCAACCCGUACUCUCGCUCCCACCCGUACGGCCAUCACCUGACCAACGGGCCGGGGCUGCUGGGCCACAACACGCUGGCUCGACCCGGAGUCAUACGCUCCAUCGGCGACGCCAGAGGCCGACGCAAGCGAGACGAGCAGCUCACUCCAGAGGAGGAGGAGAAGAGGAGGGUGAGGCGUGAGAGGAACAAACUGGCUGCAGCCAAGUGCCGCAAUCGCAGGCGAGAGCUCACCGAGAUGCUGCAAGGGGAGACGGAGAAGCUGGAGGAGGAGAAGGCCGACCUGCAGAAGGAGAUCGAGAACCUGCAGAAGGAGAAAGACAAGCUGGAGUUCAUGCUGGUCGCUCACAACCCCGUGUGCAAGCUGCCGCUCUCCGAGCGCCACCAGCCGCAGCAGCAGCAGCAGUGCAGCCUGCUCCCGCUGUCCAUGCGCCCCGGCGUGGGCUCCAGGGCCCAGAUGAACCAGGUGGUGGUGAAGCAGGAGCCGGAAGACGGCGACGAUGAUCUGAGCAAACCGCAGCGCUCCGUCAUCAAGCCCAUCUGCAUCAGCGGCGCGGGCGGCGGCGGCUUGUACUGCCCAGACGGGGACAGCCUGAACACGCCGGUGGUGGUGGCCUCCACCCCAGCCACCACGCCCAACGCCCCCAACCUCAUAUUCACCUACCCCAACAUGCUGGAGCCGGAGAGCCCCUCACCCUCCUCCGAGUCCUGCUCCAAGGCCCACCGGCGGAGCAGCAGCAGCGGCGGGGACCAGUCCUCCGACUCCCUCAACUCCCCCACCCUCCUGGCCCUCUGAGGGGGGAGGAGGAAGUAACACUGUGGUCAAACUCCAGGAUCAACUGCCCCUUUACCCCCCCCCCCACUCCUCCAGUGUUUCUGAAGCACAUUCAAAAGUCUGGACCAAGUCGACCGCGUGAGCCGUCCCCCCUCCGGGUUUGAAGGAGGGGGGCACCAAUAAGUACCGACCGCGCCACGUCUCUGAGAAUUUUUUACAUUCGUGAAGGUGUGCAACAAUCCUGUCACCAUUUCAACUCCGGGGGUCAUCUUGUUUACAGACGAUUGUGAAGAACAGUCAUGACUGAUGGGACCACAGAACAACUCUUUCCUAUAUAUUUGUACGGACUCGAUCCUAAAAGCCAUGUUGUUGACACUUGCACUCUGCCAAAACGAAUAAACGAAUAAAUCACUAAGCGAGGCCGGCACUUCCGCCGGAGUUUUCUGGACAAAGACGUCGUCUUGGCUUUUUUUUUUCAUUGAGAUUUGUCUUUUCUUGUCGAUAUUGCGACUAGCUCUGAGAGUGUGUAGACUUUUCUGCUGUUUUCUCCAUGACUUUCAGUGUAUUUAUGGCCUGUGCUAAUGGAGUUCCAGAACUGUUUUGUUGUUCUCUUCUUUAAUCCGCCUGUAGAAAAGCAGUUGGAGCCGAGCCCUCCUGAGUGUUGCAAAGGAAACGAACCCUUCAGCACUUCCUGUUUCGCCAUAGUGGCUUGACUUUCCAGUAGUAUUGUGUGCUUUUCCUCAGCGAUUCUGUAUCUGAACUUUACCACCUGUUUUUUGACAAAGUGUACGUGAUUUACAUUGAUGUCAGGGACGAUAUUUGGUGUGUCUUGAAGAGCGCGGCAGACUUUCUGGCUGCUCCAGUUAUGCGUUUGAACAAAACCUUCCUCCUGCACAAAAACAUCUUGGUUUUCCGAACCCUCCGGUUCAGCGGCAGGUUGCAAGAAGCCAAAAAUCCGACUCGCGUUAAUCCUGUGAUUUGUGUGUCUGUGUCGAAAAGGAGGGAUUUUGCUCAAAUCUGGAGACGCCUCUGUGGUCCAGACUGUCGCCACUCGCCAAUGAUGUCAACCCUCUUUUGCAGUGUUUGUAUUUCAGUCUUUAUUUUUAGAAAAAGGGUCGGAAAUUCUCCUGUAGAUGCUCUGAUUUUUGGGGUACACAAAAGCUCAGCUGGAUCAGAAACCGGCAGUCAAGGAUCGACAGAGAAGACGGAGGCGGCGAACGCCGUCCAGGACAUUUUUUUAAAGGGGUUUUAACGCCACGCACUAAGAAGGGCAGACCAGUGAAAUUUGUCCUUUUGUUUACUUGAGACAUUUCUAAUGAAUCUACCGUCAGGUUUCUGUGAUCAGAGGAAAAACAAACGUGUGCAUUUCUUUUGCAAUUCAAUACAAGCUGCUGCUACGUGUUUGGGAGAAACAGACACACACAUGCUGGGUGUUUCUAUUGGGAUUUAAUGUGACUCGCUGUUCAUGCACCCGGCGGGACGGCACCAACGCUGGAGUUCUAUGGAGCCCUUCAAACACACAUAGGAAAGCCAUGGACUGAAGACCUUCUGCUCUACAUGUCACCUGUUGUCUGUUCUACUGUUAAUUCUAUUUUUUUUAAAUGCUUUAACUGUUUCAAAUAAUUAAAAAUGAGUAAAAAACA